AACCUUCUAGUUUCCAGCAAGUGGAAGUGCCUUCCAAAUGAUCCUGUAUGUAUGGUCGAUUAAGGAGAAGAGGCGGUAAUCAUACAGCGGUGAUUAUUACAAUUGGAAUGACUAUUCGCUGGUGUUGAAUACGCGCGCGCGCGCUUAUUUUAUGACUCGUAUCUCCAGCGUGUCUUCAGUCUUGGUGCGAUACCAGAAGCGAUAGUUAGUUAGUAGUGAUAGAUAGAGCGAGGGCGUUUUUUUAUUCAACUAGACAUGAGCAGCGAGGAUUCCAAGAUCGAGUUGCGCGAAUUGCAACCGAUACUAAGCCGCACGUUCGGUGAUCAGCUGAUCGUCAUCCGUUAUACGACCAAGAAUUUGUUGCAACCCGGUGAGAAUUAUGGCAGUACUAUUUUUGGCGUUCAUGCUGUGAUCAAGCGUGAUGACGAGGCCGAAGAGGAAGAUCUUUAUCUGGUGGCGAAGAUGCCUCCGCCGACGCAAUUUCAACGGAAGAUCUUUGACAGUCCGUAUUCAUUCAGAAAGGAGAUUUUUAUGUAUGAGACCAUUAUACCUUAUUACAAACAGCUGGAGAGAGACGUCGGUUUUAAGGAGGAUGAACUGUUUGAUAUAGUGCCGAAAUAUUAUCAGUCCCGAUUGUCGCUAAAUCCGGACGUCGAUUUCGAUGAUAACGCUGUUAUUCUGAUGGAGAAUUUAAAAACGCGCGGCUAUUACAUCUGCGACAGAGUUAAAGGAUGUGACCUCGAGCACUCGAGAGCCGCUAUACGGGCAAUGGCAAGAUUUCAUGCGCUAGGAAUGGCCUCCAAAUACAAGCAACCAGAGUAUUUUGAGGUGCUGAAGCAACGUAGCAAGAGCAUAGAAGUUCAAACCGAGGACUUCAGCCAAAUGCGGGAAGACAUGCUGAAGAGGAUAGCGGAUGAUCCGGAAAUAGGUGUUCACAUUGAUCGGUGUAGCGCAGUGAUGAGCGAAUCGAUGCAGCACGGUUUGUGGGAUAUGUUGCCCGAUGAACCGUGGUCCACUAUUGUACACUCGGACUUCUGGGUGAAUAACAUCAUGUUCCAUCAUGAUGAGAACGGCCAAGUGGACGAUGUCAAGUUUGUAGACUUUCAGAAUUAUCUGUUCUUCAAUCCACUGCGCGAGUUGGUUUUCUUCCUGUUUUCCAGCACGGAAAACAGCAACGAUCACAUCGAGGAGCUGAUAGAUCUCUAUCAUGAGACAUUCAUAGCCGUGUUGCUUCGAAUGGGUUGCGACACCGAGUCAUUCACGAGAGAAAAGUUCGACGACCAUCUAAUGACCUCUGCCAAAUUCGAAUUUAUGCACUUGAUCUUCAUGCUCAAGAUACUCACGUUGAAUAUACAAGAAUCCGAAUUCAAAAACAAUGAUCUGGAGAACUUUUUGAUUACUUACAAAGGCAACCAAUUAUUCGUCCAACGGCAGCGCAAACUUAUAUCGUAUUUUGUUCAACGCGAUUGGAUUUAAGCAAUACGAUAGGAAAAAAGGCUCCCUAUAAUAUGUUGAAUUAUACAUACAUAUAUUAUACACUUAAUUAUUAUA